CCACAUUCUUCUGGUCAAGCCCUUUCUCGCGUAUCUCAAAACCCUUCAAAAUUCUCUCGUGCUUCUUCGCUUCGAUUCAAACCAUCGAUUGAUGGCCUCUCGACUUCUUCUUCUUCUUCUUCUUCUUCUCGAUCGCCAUGUUCGCUGCUAAGAGAAGCUCAUCAACCUCCUCUUCUCGGCCACAACGCCUCGAUCGCCGAAACGCGAACAAGCACAUCGAGUACGACGCCAGCACCUCCUUUGACGACUCACCUGCACUCCGUUCCUCUCGUUCUCUCGACCUCCCGGCGUACUCCAGCCAGAAGAGCUUCCGGAUCGAGGGCUAUGAUGGUGAGGUUGAUAAGCUUUACCGAGAACUAGGGCUCUCUGGACCUGAUGAUUUUGCUAUCCCCGCUGCCGCCUGGGCUGCCCGCAAGGUUCGCUCCUUGAAUUCCGCCGAGCAAUCCUCUGGAGGAUUGAUUGUUGAUGAGGAAAAGGAUACCCCUCCGCCGAUGGCGAGCUCUGGUGAGAUUAUUGAUGAUGGUAUCAAGGACUCGGUGCUUGCUCCGCUUCCGUUUAUGUCGGUCCUUGCUUCUGAAUCAAAGGAGUCGGCUGGGGGUUUGGUGAGAUCCUUUGCUCCAGAGUCAGAGCUGGGUGAUGAAGGUAUUGCGAAGAGAGACUACUUUGAUUUAGAGGAGGAGGAGGAGGAGGUGGUGGAGGAGGAGGAGGAGGAGGGGAUGGGAAGUGGUAGUUUGGAGGUAAGGUUGGGAGAGAGUAUUGGCGAUUUAACAGGAUCAAGCUUAGUCUCACCUUCGAGCAGUUAUGAGAACUCCAGAGAAAUAGCUGAUGAUGGUAUCAAGCGCUUGACGCUUCCUCCGCCUCCGUUUAGGUCGGUCCUUGCUUCUGAAAUGAUGGAGUCGACUUGGGAUUUGGUGAGAUCCUUCGCUGCAGAGGCUGAGCUUGGUGAUGGAGGUGUUGUAAAGAGAAGUCACUUUGAUUCAGAGGAGGAGGAGGAGGAGGCAGAAGAGGAGCAAGAGGAGGAGGUGGUGGAGGAGGAGCAGGAGGAGGAGGUGGAGGAGGAGGAAAGGGGAAUUGGUGGUGUGGAGGUGAGGUUGGGAGAGACUAUUAGGGAUUUGGCAGAAUCAAGCUCAGUCUCAACUUUGAACGGUUAUGAUCCAUCAAGGACGACGGAGGCAAAAAUGUUUGUGGUCUCACCAAAUGGGAGGUUCAAGAGGAACAUCACAUCAUGGAUGCGUGGGCACCGGCUUGGUAGUGGCUCAUUCGGGACGGUGUUUGAAGGAAUAAGCAAUGAUGGUUUUUUCUUUGCUGUUAAAGAAGUGUCUUUGCUUGACCAAGGAAAUAAUGCAAAGCAAUGCAUUCUGCAGCUUGAGCAGGAGAUCGCCCUCUUAAGUCAGUUCGAACAUGACAACAUUGUUCAGUAUGUUGGAACCGACAAGGAAGAAGCAAAGUUAUACAUCUUCCUUGAACUAGCCACUCAAGGCUCUCUGGCUUCUUUGUAUCAGAAGUAUCACCUGCAAGAUUCCCAAGUCUCUGCAUAUACAAGACAGAUUUUGAAUGGCUUAAGCUAUCUUCAUGAUCGAAAUGUGGUUCACAGAGAUAUUAAAUGUGCCAACAUAUUGGUUGAUUCCCAAGGUACUGUCAAACUUGCAGAUUUUGGACUGGCAAAGGAGAUAACAAAGUUGGAUGUGUUGAAAUCUUGCAAAGGAAGCGCAUAUUGGAUGGCUCCAGAGGUAGUUAAUCCUAAAAGAGCAUAUGGACCUGCAGCUGAUAUAUGGAGUCUUGGUUGCACGGUUUUGGAGAUGUUAACUCGUCAAGUUCCCUAUCCUAAUUUAGAAUGGACACAUGCUUUUUAUAAGAUUGGCCGGGGGGAACCACCACCCUUACCCAAUACCCUAUCACUUGAUGCCCGUGAUUUCAUCCAAAGAUGUGUACAAGUUAACCCUUAUCAUCGUCCCACGGCUUCUCAACUCUCGGAGCACCAAUUUGUCAGAAGGUCAAUGUCCACAUCUACAAGCCCUAAUAAUUCUUUUCGCGAUUGCAACAGACAUGGCUAGGUUUUUCUUUAGCACACUCCACCAUGAAAUCAGUGGUGGUGUUCGAAUGAAUGUUUGAUCACGGUGUUAGACGUGGGUUGUUUUUUUUGACCCUUCGGUAGCAUUCUUUCAGGUCAGUGAAGGGUAAACAAACUCAAAAAGAAAUCUAAACACUUGUCAGAUGAAUUUUUGAGUACUUGAAUUUGCUGGUAGAUGCUAAAAAGAUCCUUUGCUUACUCAAAUCUAGCAAUGUUGUGUGAGAUCAAAUUUUUUUUUUUAAUAUAUAUAUAUAUAUAUAUAUAUAUUUUUGAGAAAUAUGGUUAAAUUAUAGGAUUCAUACUUUUAAUUUUUUAAUUGGGAGUGGAAUAAAUUAUCAACUCUCUUGUUGUAGUUGUAGUAGUGGUAAUGAUGUUAGUAAUUUUGUCAUAGGAUGAUUUGGACCUUUAAUUUAUGAAUUGGGAGGAGAACAAAUUACCGACUUUCUUGUUGUAGUGAUGAUGACAUUUGUAAUUUUGUA